AUGUCGCUGCUAUUCCGUCUUCGAGGCGUUUCUUCUUCGACAUCCUGUCUUGAACCCCGUAUACGCUAUCAUCCCGCUCUACCGUUCAGGAGAGCCAGAGACAGACAAUUCAGUUCAGCCAAUCGCGGCGAGCCAGUUAAUGACACCACAACAAAAACUGCGCGGGUCGUGUUCUCUGGGAUACAACCAACCGGUAUACCUCACCUGGGUAAUUUCCUCGGAGCACUCUUGAACUGGGUCAAAUUGCAGCGAGAAGCUCCACUAGACGACCAGCUCAUUUUCUCUAUUGUCGGAUGGCAUGCUCUCACACUACCUCAAGACCCUCACGCGCUCAGUGUCGCGCGGAGAGAGAUGUUGGCUGUGCUGUUGGCUAUCGGUCUCGACCCCAAUCGCUCUAUCAUAUUCCACCAAGACGAAAAUCCGCAUCAUACCGAGUUAGCGUGGAUCUUAAACUGUAUAACCCCUAUGGGAAAACUACGUAGAAUGACUACUUGGAAGUCUAGGCUUGCUACAUCACGCAAUGCGAGAGAUGAGUCUGAAGUAGACGAAUCUAUGCUCAAUGCCGGAUUGUUCACUUAUCCAGUCCUGCAAGCCGCUGAUAUCCUCAUCUAUAGAACGACACAUGUGCCUGUUGGUGAGGACCAGCAGCAACACAUCGAGCUGUGUCGUGAUUUAGCCGACAACUUCAAUAGAACCUUUAAAUCACAACAUCCGCUCUUCCCUCUGCCCCAACAUGUCCAAACUCCUUCCCCAAGAGUGCUUUCGUUACGGGAUCCAUCAGCCAAGAUGUCGAAAUCAUCGCCCGACAUUCAGUCUCGCAUUUUAUUGACUGACAACGCAGCUCUGAUCAAAGCAAAGAUUCGAGGAGCUGUCACUGAUCCUAUUGUCGGUGUUACGUAUGAUCCGGAAGCACGACCUGGUGCUACAAAUCUUUUAACAAUCUUAGCGGCCUGUACCGGCAAGGAAGUUUCAGAAGUUGCAACGCGAUAUCAUGACAAGGGCCACGGCAAGCUCAAGGCAGAUGUAACUGAAGCUGUCGAAGAAGUUAUGAGAAGGCCUCGAGCAGAGUUCGAGAAACUCAAGGGGGAGACAGAGUAUCUGUCUUCCGUCGCUCGGGCAGGUAUCUCGAAAGCAAGAGAACUCUCUGAAGUUACCAUGAAGGAAGUGAGAACAUGCGUAGGGUUAGUAUGA